AUCACUAUUCCAAUAACUAAUAGGAUAUAUAAGCUAAGUAUAAAAUACAAGAAAACACUAAUAAUAUUAGUGUUUGCUUUUAUUAGAAUUUGCCUGUAUCCUAUAUCUUAUUAAGAAUCAAAGAAAUUUACAAUGAGGAUGUUGAAAAUCUUACAAAAGGCAUUAUUAUCAUGGUUUGUUCGCGGAGUGAGAGCAUAAAAUGUACCUACCCAAAUAUAUACUACAACGAAUUGAUAGGGAGGGAUACAGAUUACGAUUACUUGUUUGGGAGCGUCGUCGUAUUGUCACAUCCAUUAAGCCACUGGCGGGGCGGAGCCCUAGGCCACGCCCGCCGCCCCGCCGCCGCGCGCACACACGACUUCCCGCCUCGGCUCCAUUCCCGACACGGCUAUACGACUUACUAAAACGAUUUACUCGCAAUCGCAUCAACCGUCAUCCCGUAAUUACUAAAUACAUUAACGAAGUACUAGCACCUGCUGGUAUGAUGAGUUUUUUUAAUUUAUAAAAUAUGUGUUAAAAUUCGCGUUGUUAAUUGUUAAUUUUCGGACUGUGGUGACUAUGAUAGUGGUUAGCACUUUAGAGAAUGUGUAGUGGAUGUGUGUGGGAUCGAGUGUAGCGGUGGCGACGCAGCCGGCGAGGAUGGGCGGCGCGGGCAGCGGCGCGGGCGGCGGCUGGGCGCGCGAGGCGCCGGCGCUGCUCAGCACGGCGCUGCUGUUCGGCGGCUCGCUGCAGGAGCGCCCGCAGCCGCCGCUCUUCACCAUCGAGAGCAUCCUGGCCCCCCGGCCACAACCCCCCAUUCCACCUUUACAACUACAUCACUUAACACAUACGUCUUUCCAAAGAGCACACGAUUUUUUCGGGGUGAGCGGCGGUGUGCCGGGGUCGGCGGGGUACGCUGGUCUGUACAGCGGGUACGCCAGCGCGGCGCUGGCCGGCUUGGCUGGCCCUCCGCCCAAGCGCAAGCGCAGGCAUCGCACCAUCUUCACAGAGGAACAGCUGGAACAAUUGGAGAGCACCUUCGACAAAACUCACUACCCAGACGUUGUGUUGAGGGAACAGCUCGCGUUGAGAGUCGACCUUAAGGAAGAAAGAGUUGAGGUUUGGUUCAAGAAUCGGCGCGCGAAAUGGCGGAAACAGAAGCGCGAAGAGCAGGAACGGCUGCGGAAGUUGCAGGAGGAGCGAAGCUGUGGCCGCGCACCGCUGCUGACGCGGCCGCUGCUGUCGCCCGCGCAUUCGCCCCCCGCGCCCGCGUCGCACGCCCCCGUUACGCCCAGGCACUACAGCGACGACUCCGAUUCUGACGUCGAGGUUGCCUAAAUUAAAAACAUGAGAUUCAAAUUUAGAACACAGAUCACGCUGCUGGUUAGUGCAGUACUAAGAAAGCUUCAAGUUCUGUUGACGCAGAUGAUGCUUCGCGUUUCUUUUUUGUCAAGACAAAUUGUCAGCAAAAUCAUCACAUAACUACAGCUACAUACAGAAUGACAAGGAUAUUUGACCCGGAGAACAAAAUUGGAAACUUUUAUGUAAUUUUUAACAGCAGCUACGCGCCCUCACCGGGCCAGAUAAGUUUGCCAACAUGUAUGUUCUUUAUUUUGUAUUGAACGUGACUUCGUACAUAGUUCAUGAAAAUGAAACACCUAUGAUGGUUUUGCAUAAUAUUUAGUGGUUCAGCUUUGCCAAAGGUGGCAAACGGUGCAAAAUACAUGUUUAUAAUGUCAUGAUCUAGUCUAGCGUAGCAAGUACAACAUCACCUCUAUCAGAACUAUAUAGAUGGAAAUGGACACAAUAAGUGACUUUAGUGACAAUGCACAUCUAGUGAACGGAACCGUGAUCUUUGCGAACUCAGUGAAGUGAACAUGUAAGUACUAUAUUUUACAUGAACCGGACAUAUAUAUAUAUAAAACACUUGGUGUUAUAAUAUAACCUACUAUACUUUGUAAAUCAAACUAUAAGUAGACUUCGCUCGUGUCUAGCCAAUAUAAUAUAAAAAUAUAGUGUCUAAUUUAUCGUUAAGGUGUAAUUAUAUAAAGGCCUAAAUUAAGUAGUAAUAAAUCUGUAACCUGAACAAAAAAAAAUCAUCUUGCUUGACAUCUACACUACGGCAUAGUUUAAAUAUUUAUGAAUUUAUUGCCUAAACAAAAUAUAUACGUAAAUAAUUUAUUAUCUACAAUUUUUUACUUCAGCCAAUUACAGAAAUUGUCAUAAAGUUUAUUUACAAAAAUGUCUAUUUUGCCAUUAGUUUUCAAAAAAUCAUGUUGGUGCAGUCAGAAAACCAUUUUACCACCGUUUACAACUGAAGCGACGUGGAAAAUUUCAACUCUUUAGGGCAAGCAGAAAUUGGUAAAAUUUGACUUCGAGAUAGGUGAUACCACGGGGUUAUACUAAAUAAAAGCUUGUAACAAAUAUGACUAUGUUUGUGAACGUGUGUUUUGAUCCUUCAUUCUAAUAGUCGUCAUUUUAGUCGAUAAUAUCAGUUAGUAUGUGAAAUGGAGAAAACAAUGGCAAACCGAUUCCUUUAACUUUCGAUUUAAUAUUUCAAAGAAAGUCGCUGCGUGUGUGUCCUUCCUCAUAAUAACCACGACCCUCAGCCGUGUGGAAUAAGACUUAUUAGAAAAAAUAUAUCUGCUUAUGCAAAAUAAUAUUGAGUAGUUAUUUUUUUCUUUGGCACAAAUUAAUUGAUAGGUCUUUUACAUAACAGUUUCAGAAUUAAUUAAUUAAUUUCAAUUACGAUAAAGCAACAAUGAAAAAUCUCGACCGCAGAUUCGAUUUAUUGAAACGUACAAAUUUAUUUCAUUGGAAAUCUAAUAAUACUGCAUACUUAUGUGUAAUAUAUUUUGCCCAAUCAAUAUUAUAGUCCCAUUUUAAAUAGACUCGAGAUGUUUCUAAAUAAAAAAAUCGUGUCCUGUAUAUGUAAAAACAUGAAAAAAAAACUUAACAUAAAGUCAUAACUACGGGGCACGUUACUAGGGAUCGAAUCGUGUCGAGCCUAGGCCUAUAAAACUCUUCAUUACUAAAUACUAAUAAAUGUAUGUAAUUAUUGUAUGUAGUAAUAUUAAAUUAUACAAUUAAACA